UCAUCCUUUCCUAGCACAGCCUCUACAUCACAGGAAGACCAUGAAAGCAACUCAGAAUCCACUUCCUCGAGGAUAUUGAGAGUAACUCUGUUGAGCAGUGAAUGGAGAUCAACAAAAGGAGGCUUGUCAACCAUCAACCGAGAGCUGUCUAUUCAGUUGGCUAAACACCCCAGUGUGGAGGUCAGUGUUUAUCUUCCUCAGUGCAGCGAAGAGGAUAAACAAGUUGCUUUUAGUCACAAUGUACAGCUUAUUGACGCAGAAGAAAUGCCAGGUUAUGACCCUGUUGACUGGUUGUCCUUUCUUCCUGAAAACCAUUCUGUGGAUUGUGUGAUAGGACAUGGGGCUGUUCUUGGUCGACAAGUGCAGGGUAUAAAACGUCAGUGUAAGAGCAAGUGGAUUCAGGUCGUUCAUACAGCUCCUGAAGAGCUUGGUAUAAUCAAGUCCUACGCAGAUGCCAUUUCAAGAGGCGAGAAAAAGCACCAGGCUGAGGUAAAACUCUGUGAAAAAGCUGAUCAAGUUGUAGCAGUUGGACCCAAGCUGGCUGAAGCUUUCUCACGUUAUCUCCGUGCCUGCGGAAAGGAUCAAGAUGUCCUCAAUCUUACCCCAGGCAUCUUCUCUGAAUUUUCUGAUAUAAAGCAAGCCACUGAAGAAAGAAAAACAUUCAGUGUCUUAGUGUUUGGACGUGGUGACAGUGAAGACUUCCAGCUGAAAGGAUAUGACAUAGCUGCUCGAGCUAUUGCCGAGUUGAAAGAUGAGCCACAGCCCUAUAAGCUGUUGUUUGUUGGAGCUCCAAGUGGAGAAGAGGAGAAAGUAAAAGAUUUGUUACUCCAGCAAGGCAUUGAUCGCAGUCAACUAACUGUACGUUGUUUCAAUGAAAGUAGAGAGCAGUUAGCCCGUUUGUUUUGUAAAGUAGAUCUU